AUGUCAACAAAUCUAGCAAAUUACUUCGCCGGUAAGAAAGAUACUAAAAAUGAGCAUGUAAAUAGAAAUGCUAGCCAUGAAAGUAAUAGCAAAAGUGAUGUCAAAGUUGCUGGUAACGAUAACGACAACGACGAUGAAGAUAUGGGGCCUUCAGUAUCGAUGGCUGUUCAAGCAAAAAACGAUGAUGAUUUCCAUAAAUCAACUUUCAACCUUAAAAGAACAAGGUCGAUGGGUCUUCUCGACGAAUAUAUUGAUCCUACUAAAAAACUGUUAGGAAGGCCAGACGACCUAUAUGGUAACGACAAUGAAUAUUAUGACAACUCAUCUGAUAAUUCUUCAAGCAAUUCUUCAGAUGAUGAUUAUGAUGAUGACUAUCAGGAACACUCAACCUCCGUUUCUCCACCGCCUGCGGAUAACGAUAGCUACUUAAUGCCACAAGAUGAUAAUGAUGUAGUGGUAGAACCAGAAAGACAUGUUGAUUAUCUGUCACACGAAUGGAAAGAAUCUGAAAUCUCUAAUUCUUGGAAAUAUAUUAUUCUAAAGAAAAAGAAAAGAGACGUCGAUUUAGUCAAUGCCGCUAGAUUAGAAAACGCCUCAUGGAGAACAUGGGCAAAAGCGAGAAACAAUUUGAAAACAGUGUCACCUGAAGUAGUUAAUUGGUCAAAGGAUUCUGAUGUAACAUGGCUAUAUGGUCCUAUUAUAAGGGAUUCUGAAAAUAACGCCCAAAGUGAAGAAGAACAUGAUCUAGAAAGGGGCUACGGCUCAGAUGAUGAAAAUUCCAAGAGAAUUUCAAUGCCGACUAAAAAGUCAAAGUCCCUCACAGCUGCUCCCAAACCAAUUUUAAAGAAGAGAACCGUCACAGAAAUUAUAGAGGAUAAUGCUUUAUGGAAACUGAAUGAGGCAAGAAAACACAUGACAGAAAUGAAGCAUGCUUCGGUAAUAAUGGAUCCCAAUGGCAAUAAAAACGUCCAUGACGAUUUUGAUGCUUUAGCUGCUCAAGUUAAUGCCCAGUACUAUCAUUAUCCAAAAAAUUCGAAUAGUAGCGUUAGUUUGAAUGGUCAAUCUUCUGAUAAAAAAGAUAAUUAUACUAUACCGAAUUCUCUGGGAGUAAAUCCGAAUGUUGGCAAUGACGAGGGAAAAGAAGACCUGCAUCUAAAAUCAGCGCUUCGCGUUCAAAACAAUCCGUCAACAGCACAAUCGGACAAAAGCAUACUGGAGAAUAAUACCAACGAUCGUGUUAAGAGUCAUUUAGACGAAAAUCUGGAUUCUUCUGAUACUAACAGGUUCCUCUCAUCAAAAUCUUGCUCAAAUAAAGAUAAUGAAAACCAUUCAAUUGGAUUAUCGUCAAUAUUAACUUCAAGUCCGAGUGAAAAAUCCAACAAGCCUACUAAGAAUAGACAUAUACAUUUCAAUGACAGAGUGGAACAAUGUAUGGCGCUACGAUAUCCAGCAUCACAAUCAGAAGACGAUGAAAGUGAUGGUGAAAAUAGACAAUAUGUUGACGUUAAUAACAAUGCGAAUGUUACAACAAUAAACAACAACAGGACUCCAUUGCUAGCCACUCAGCAUAAAUCUAUUCCAGUCAAUUCUGCACCUGAGCGCUUUAACAAGGAUACUAGCGAUGAUGAUACGUCCUCACCAUCAUCAUCGUCAUCUCAUUCGGAUGAUGAAGAACAUGGCGGCCUUUACAUAAAUGCAAGGUUUUCGAGGAGGUCCGAUUCUGGAGUUCAUUCACCAAUAACGGAUAAUUCCUCUGUAGCUUCAUCUACCACCUCAAGAGCUCACGUGCGCCCCAUAAUAAAGUUGCUUCCUGAUACAACUUUGAAUUAUGGAUCGGAUGAAGAAUCUGAUAAUGGCGAGUUCAAUGGCUAUGGUAAUGCCGUCUCGCAUAACGUCAAUACCUCUAGAGGCUAUGAUUACAUAUACGAUUAUAAUUCGGUUUACACUGGCGAUACCUCUAGUUUUUUGCCAGUAGAUUCAUGUGACAUCGUAGAUGUUCCUGAAGGAAUGGACCUACAAACAGCUAUUGCAGAUGACAAUGCAUCUAACUAUGAAUUCAACAAUGCUGUGGAAUCCAAGGAAAAGCAUUCUCCACAACUACAGAAAGCUUCAACGAAUAAUACAACUCGUCAACAUGGAUCACAUAUGCUGUUAUAUGACGACGACAAUUACAGCUCUUCUUCAGAUAGCGAACAGCAAUUUAUUGAAGACUCACAAUAUAAUAGUAGCGAUGACGAAGAAGAAGAAGAUGAUGACGAUGACCAAGCGGUAGACGAUAACCAUGAUGAAGGACUAUCACUGAGGAGAACAUUGUCGCUUGGAAAAUCGGGAUCUACCAAUUCCUUAUGUGAUCUGGCACAACCGUCGCUUUCUUCAGCAACUCUUUCACAGCAAAAAAUUCCUACCAAUUUCAUAGCGGGUAAAACUGACGAAAGCAAAGAUGCACAACUGGCUGUUAGGCCGUAUCCGUUGAAGCGCAAUUCUUCUUCGGGAAACUUCAUAUUCAAUUCAGAUAGCGAAGAAGAGAGUAGCAGCGAGGAUGAACAAAGACCAAUCCCGGCAGGCAAUAAAUUGGUUAAUCGAGGUAGUUUGAAAGGCAGUGUAGCACCAGCAAACAUACCAUCCCAAAAGAAAACGGCGCUUCCAAAGCAGCCAAAAGCAUCCGAUAGUUCACAAAGCUUUAGAAUUGUAAAUAAAACUCCUUCACCUGCCGAAGUGGGCUCUAGUGAUGUUGCCAUAGAAGGUUACUUUUCUCCAAGGAAUGAAUCUAUCAAGUCUGUUGUUUCAGGGGGAAGUAUGAUGGACCAUCAAGACCACUCAGAAAUGGAAACUUUGGCCAAAGGAUUUGAAAACUGCCACAUAAAUAAUACUGGUAGGUUAAAGGACAAGAAAGCUGAUAGUCUCCAAACCACAAGAAAAGAAGCCUCUUUGACAAAUUCGAGUAAUGAGAGUUUACAGAAAGUGAUGCAGAAUGCAAAAGGUAUGGCAAGCAAAUACUUGCAUUCUUGGAAAAGGAGUGACGUAAAGCCACAAGAAAACGGAAAUGACAGCAGUUGA